GUCUGGAAACCAGCGUUGACGCCACAGAUUCCAACCAAUAAGCAGCGAGUGCGUUGUGUAAAAAUACCGAUUUUCCUUCGUUCACGCUCUGAAGUUGAACUGUAACCCUUCAAGUUCCGCCUUCCUACUUCCGCUUCUGGUACGGGGUGGUGAAAAUGGCUGCUACCCGUUACCGUCGGUUUCUAAAGCUGUGCGAGGAAUGGCCGAGGGAUGAGUCGAAGAAAGGACGUGAUUUGGGGACAUUUUUAAGACAGAGGGUAGCCCUGGCUUUUCGAGAAGGUGAAAACACACAGAUUUCGGACCCAGAGAAGUGUGAUCAGAUGUAUGACAGCUUAGUCCGCAUCAACAACAACUACUACAAAGAGAAGGCAUGUCCGUUCCCUCGAGUAAAGGACACUAGCUUCACUGGUGUGACAGUUGAGGAAUGUAGACUAUUGUUAUCUACAGGAAGCAUGCAGCAGAUGGAUGAGGAGAAGAAGAAAGGUUUGUGGAAGACACUAAUGGAACGCUUUUCCUCCAAGCAACCAGAAGAAGGUGCUGAAAAGCACACUGAAAAGUAAUGCUGCUCACCAUAGAUCACUAUUCUGUAAAUAUCGUUCUAAUUUAGUAUAUUUUCAAAUUACACUUUUUUUUUCAUUGUCAUACCUAUGUUGUACUUAAGCCAAAAAUUGUCCAAUGUGUAAAUAUGGUUACAAUUUUUAGAAAUAUACCGGUUUGAUCGAG